UAUCUUCACUGCUCCUGAUACCUUAGACAUCCAGGGUACCAGCUGGUCUGGUGAUCUUCUUCCAGCCCUAAUUAGUUUUGUUAAGAGCUGGGAACUUGGAUGCUGUGUCAGCAUUGCCUCAGCUUCCUGUAUCCACCGUAUGUCACCACUGGAAGGGGCCUUCCAGACCAGCGUUUCUCAACACUUCUGUGUAAUUCAAAAGAUGAUGUGAUCAGAUAAACUUGAGGAACCCAGGAUUAAAUCAGGUCAAACAGGUUUGUUUUAACUUCUCAGAGCCUUUAAUGUGCUAACGUGUAUCUAGAAUCUGCUGAGACUGCAUUUUUCUCUCAAACGUACUUGACCGCAGAGCAUCUCACUUCUUCUGGACACACUUUUGGAAACCUGUUCAAGAGCAGUGUCCCUCAAACUGGAGCAUACGUACACAUCAUCAUCUCCGGGAGGACUGGUUAAAUGCAGGUGCUUGGGCCCUACCCCUACAGUUUCUGCAUCUCUGACAUAUGUCCCAGGUGAUGCUGGUGGUCAGGGGGCCACACUCUGAGAACCCCUGGUCUAGACUCAUCCCUUUCUUCCACAGAGAAGAACAUUGCUAAGCCAAGGGGUAUCUGUUCAUGGUAGUUGCCGUGAGUUGAGCCAGCCGCCUGCUAAGCACUUCCCGUGACUGUUUCUAAAGGCAUGUGGGAUGAUGGGAGCCCCCACUAGUCGGGGAUACUACAGUGCAGAUGAUUACCCUUCCGGUACUUUACACCGUGCUCCCCACAAACCACUGUACCGGGGCCAGUGCAUCAGGCAGGGCUCCCACCCUGGAGCCCAGUCAGGGUUUCCUGUCCUUGGCAACACUCCUGAGGACAUGAAGUUUAUGUAUUUUAAUCCUCUGGGCCUUAGUUUCCUCAUCUACAAAUGGAAGAGGAUGGAAAUUAUCUUUAUGGGUUCCUUCUCCUUUCUCUAGCGCUCCGCUUUAUCUUUGCUCCGAGUCAUUUCUCUUUCUGGGUGUCCUCCUGCUCCUCUGUCACCAGUCUGUCCCCAGUCACAGGAGCUGGCACGAGGCUGAGGUGAUGGAGACUUCGGUGUUACCCUUGCAGGGCCACUGCAUUUGAGAGGAGCGUUCCUGAAGAAGUGUCAUGGUGGAAUCCCAGUGUGGGUCCUGGAUAGUGAAUCGUGACAGUAAUAACUCAGCGUUACGAAGCUCUAGUGGAAGGGUCCCAGCGUCUUCUGUGUUGCUUAUUCAUUUAUAUGUCACAAUUUCUGUGACGUGCUUCGCAGUCUCUGGCACAGAGGAAAGAUGGUAGAGGCUCUUGCAGGGAUUUCUGAGGCCCCUGGAAUUGCAUACAAGGUUGUGAGCGUGCAGUUGUGUAUGUGUGAUUGAGCACACUUGCUUUUUUCUGCAGACGGGACCAUUGCCUUACAAGGAUGGUCAGCUGCGUAGACUUCAGCCCUGCUGGAUUGUCCCUGGAGCUGGAGUCGGGGAGUCAUGGGUUUCCCCGGUGUUUGUGACUCAUCUAAGUAGCCCCUAGGCAAUGGGCAGCAGUGGCCACGAGUGACCUGGGGCCAGAAAAACCACAGCAGAAGAGCAGCCUGAGUGGGUGUAAGGAGGAACCCUGUUUUCCCAGACAGCGGUGAUUGGCACAGAACCGCUCGUUCCCCGGGGCUGGCUGGCUGCCUGAGCUCGGGUUUUGCCCCGGGAGCUCUGGCGCUCCGUCCUCUGCGGGCCCAGGGACAGUGCUGAUGAGAAGUGCGGGCUCGGCCCCCUGCCUUCUGAGGAAGUGGCCUCACAGAGCCGACACAGGCAGGCGCGGUGGUGUCCAGCCGUGGGGCACGAGAGGGAUGGACCUCGGGGCCCGUCUACUGCGUGGCCGCCACACCCUCCCUGAGAAUCAGCCAGCGGGCCGACUUCCCCUCCGCUCGGCUGAGCGCACCUCACCCUGGAGCCCGGGGCUCGGCGUCCGCCUGCCCGUGGCCCGCGGCGGGGGAGAGUGCGAGGCCGUGUGUGCGUGGAGAGGCGCUCAGAGAGGCUGGAGCGGGCGUGCGGGGCGGGAGGGGCUUCACCUGCAUCGAAGCGAGGCUCCUGCCAGCCGCUCCGGCUCUCCCCUCCCCGGGCAGCGCCCGUCCCGUGUCUCCUCCGUGGACCACCAUCGCGUCUUGGCCUCCUUGGGCUCAGCGCUCCGGCCCCGCACCCGGGCAGCACCAGCCGUCACCACCGCGCUCCCGACCCCGGUGUGCACGGCCCGCCCCUCCAGUGUGUGCUUAGGUUCCAAGUCCCCACUCCAUCCUUUACCACCUGUCUCGGGAAGGCAGCUCCACCUCUGCCCUUUGCUUAGUGAGCAAGUGGGUUCAGACGCCCAAAGCCGUAAGCCGUGUGACAGCCAGAGGGAAGUAGCCACUCUGCGAAGGAGGCCCACGGGUCAAAGGGAACUCUGCGCACUUGUGCACGUGGACCAGGGGGAGAGGCCGGGGUACCACGUGGGCUCCCUCGGGCCCAUUCCUAGACAGCCCAGGUUUUGGAAUCAAGUUAGAGCUGGUGGCGCCUGAGCCCUGGAUUCUGACCCAGCCCCGAGCCCACUGGGCUCUGUGACCAUGGUGGACAUCUUUCAGAAAACCCAGCCCUCAGCUGAUUUCCCCAGCUGUACAAGUCAGGUAAGAUGAGGCGGAAGGUCUCCAUCAAUGCCUUAGGCCCCCUGCACCUCUGUACCGGCCAGAUUGCUGCUUCAUCUGUUUAUGCUUUGGAGAUGUGGAUAAGAUGCCGUAUGAAAAAGGGGUUCUGCUGCAGAUUUUAUUUCAUUAAACUACAGAAGUUGAUUUGCCAGGGUAGAAUUCCUCCCAGCAUCACAUUCCACUCUAGAAACGUUCUCACAUGAACCGGUUUGGGCCAGACCCAAAUAAAGAGCAGUCUUCCUCCUGCCAUGCUUGGGAGUAUGCCACCUCCCUGUGCUGGCAGCCUCCCCCUUCGCUGUAGUUUGCUCUACUGCCACACCACGCCCAGCACUGCUUCCUGUGUUUGCUCACAGGCUGGUGGGGAGGCCGUCCCUCCUCGGUGUAAACAGACGCAGCGGUAAACGGGCAUCUCUCGCCUCUGUCCCAAGGCUUAGGGUCAAAACUGACGGUGCCAAUAGAUGGACAUCUGUCAAAGCCAUGGCGCCCUCGCCCUUUUGUUUGUUUUUUCACGUUCUCGUUACAGGAGGGGAACAUUGUGCCAGUGCACAGAGCAUCACCAUCCAUUUGGGUUUGGGGCUGGCCUUUCAUUUUGGAAACCUGAUGGGGGAGGUGGGGCUCAGCAGAGAGAGCAGACAGCACGGGGUACCAGACGCCCCGCAGGGCCGAGAGGCCGGGGCCCUUAGAAAGAACAGGAGCAGAGUCUCGAAAGGCUUCCUGGCCAAACCACUGGCGAGGACGGUGUCGGGAAGCAUCCCUUCCUUAUCAAAGCUGAUACGUGUUGCCACGUGCUACUCAGAAAGCCCUUAGGCAGCCUGGCCCCCAGCCUAGGCGCUGCUGCGUGAGCAGGGAAAAGGGGGCUCGCUGGGCCAGAUGUUAGCCCAGCAGUGGCUGUUAGCUGAGAAGGAAGCUGGGAGCGGGGCAGCUGCUGGGCCCCGGCUGCUCCGUGAGAGCUCGGUCCUGUGGAGGAUUUCUCAGGAUGCGGCUCCGAUGCUUUUCAGCCCCUGGGGCGAGAGCUGCCCGUGGGCAAGGAUGAGUGGGCGCUGCCUGGGGACAGUGAAGGGGGCAGCAGCCCAGCAGGACGCCCUGGGAGGAGUGUGGAUGUACGGGCGGGCCGGGGGGAGCCCUGGUUCACACCUCCUCCC